AUGGAUAUCCAGGCUGAAGUCACCGACCCUCAAGUUGCUGCCGACCUCAAGAAAAAGAGGAUCUUCAGGACCUUCUCGUACCGUGGUGUUGAGCUCGACAAGCUCUUGGACAUGAGCAACGAGGAUUUUGUUGAACUUGUCCACGCCCGUGCCCGCAGACGCUUCCAGCGCGGUCUCAAGCGCCGCCCCAUGGGUCUCAUCAAGAAACUUCGCAAGGCCAAGAAGGAGGCUCCUCCCAAUGAGAAGCCCGCUGUCGUCAAGACGCAUCUGCGCGACAUGAUUAUCGUUCCUGAAAUGAUUGGCUCUGUUGUUGGAAUUUACAACGGAAAGGUUUUCAACUCUGUUGAGAUCAAGCCUGAGAUGACUGGACACUACCUUGCUGAGUUUUCAUGCUCAUACCGCCCCGUCAAGCACGGUCGCCCCGGUAUUGGUGCCACCCACUCUUCUCGUUUUCCCAAUUCUCCUUACCUUCACACCAACAUGAUGUCUGAGAAGGAUGUGCUACCCUCUACGGCUUUGCCGCACGGAAAUCUUACCCCAGCUACUGAAAAAAAGAAAGGCUGGAUUUCGAAGAAGCUUUGCAUUAUCCUGGGGUUGUACUGUACUUUACGCCUUUUGCACCGCUUUGAUUUCGCUUGGGAAUCCGGCCACAGAUCCUCAACCCCCAGAUGUCCUCAGGCCGAUGUUGUUAUCCCAGACAAGAAUAUUGACCUGUGGAACCAGUUAAACGAAAAGAUUGGUGGUGCCAGUUUCAAGCAGGAUGCCAUUAACUGGCUCGGAGGUGCUGUUCGUGUCCCUACAGAGUCAUUCGACAACAUGGACCCUGUUGGUGUCGAUCCACGAUGGAACGCCUUCGCACCUUUCCAUGACUAUCUACUCCAGGCGUUUCCUCAGGUGCAUGCAACUCUCAAACUGACCAAAGUUAACACAUAUGGUCUAUAUUACGAGUGGAAGGGUUCCGAUCCUUCUUUGAAGCCGUUGCUCCUGGCGGCACAUCAAGAUGUAGUUCCUGUUGAUCCAACAACUGUAGACCAAUGGACUCAUCCUCCGUAUUCAGGGUACUUUGACGGUGAACGUCUUUGGGGGCGUGGAAGUACCGAUGAUAAGAGUGGCUUGAUUGGUAUUCUCUCGUCCAUCGAGACUCUCCUCAAAGCCAAUUUCCAACCAACUAGGACUGUAGUACUGUCCUUUGGAUUUGAUGAGGAAGCCAGUGGGUUCCAGGGUGCUGGAAAUCUCGGGCCUUACCUCGAGAAAAUAUACGGUAAAGAUGGUUUCGCCAUGGUUGUCGACGAAGGAUCUGGAUUUACGGAACAAUUUGGAUCCGUCAUUGCUACUCCUGGAAUUGCUGAGAAAGGCUUCCUUAAUGUUCUCGUCGAAGUCACUGCUCCCGGAGGACAUUCAAGCAUUCCUCCCGCGCAUACAAGUAUAGGCAUACUUUCCGCUCUGCUGGUCCAUUUUGAGCAAAAUCCAUACAAGGUCGAAAUUACUCGUAGGGAGCCAGUUUAUGAUACCUUACAAUGUCUAGCCGAACAUGCCAAGGAAGUGCCGUCUGACUUGCGCAAUAUCAUCAAGAAGUCAGUGACCUGCGACAAAGCUCUCGACAGGUUACAAUCCUUCAUUCGCAAAGACUUGGUCCUCAGCAGUUUGAUUUCCACUACUCAGGCAAUCGACAUCAUUCAGGGAGGUGUCAAAUCUAACGCUCUCCCUGAACGAGCAUGGGCAAUUGUCAAUCGCCGUAUCGCAGUUGUCAGCUCUGUUGACGCAGUUGAGAAGCAUGACACCGAGCUCUUGAAAGACCUGGCACAAAAAUUCAAUUUGACAUACACCGCGUUCGGUAGUUCCGUUUCAGAAGCUGGCGCACCAGCAAAAGGGUCUCUUACUUUGAGUGAUGCUUACAAUGGAAGCCUUGAACCUGCCCCCAUUACCCCUACUGAUGAAAAUGCGGCACCGUACCAACUUCUGACGGGCACAAUCAAGGCGACUUACAAUGCGCAUCGUUCCUUCCAAGCUGUGGACCCAAUUAUCGUAGCUCCCAGCAUGAUGUCGGGUAACACAGAUACAAGAUUCUACUGGAACCUUUCCAAGCACAUUUUCCGGUACAACCACCAUAACGCAGGAAAUUCCAGUGGUCUGGGUGGAGUCCAUACCGUUAAUGAAUCUGCCUCGAUCGAUUCAUUCUUGGAGAUUAUCCGCUUCUUUACGACUCUCAUCCUGAACGCCGAUGAAUCAACCUCUAUCUAG